AAGCUUAAUUUUGUAUUGUUGCGUAUUGGUGUUUAUGAUUUUUUUCUUUAUUUAUUUUAUUGAUUAUUCAAGUGUAUAUUCAAUACUUAUUUAAAUAAGUAAUAAAAAUAUUAUAUUUUUCAAAUUUUGUAUAAAAGAAAGUAUAGCAGAGCAUAAGUUAAAGAUUUCGCUUCUUCGUUUUAAAUCAUUGCUUUUUUUAAACUAGUGUUACGGUUUAAUUUAUCUGAAUAUAUUAUGAAUCAAUACGAGACUGAAAAGCGGUUGUGUUGGUGUUAUGGAACCCUAAGUGUUUUGCUUGCGGUGUCGGUGAUAUGUGUCGCUGUACCUUAUUACCACUGGAAAGCAACACUAGAUGUGUGCCCAGGCAGUUGGCUAGAAAAUACAAGUUGCGGAUGUAUUUUUUUCGGUGUUAACUCGUUUAGAUACUUUACUGGGGGUCAUAAUUCGAAUUGCUUAUAUGCCCUGAUUGCACCAGUACCAAUUUUAGUAUAUGCAUUACUUAUGACCUUGUUCCAUAUGUAUAGAGUUUGUAUUAAUAAUAUUGGUCAAUAUGAAGGCGAAAAGUCAACUACUAUGGAAGAAAUUGAAGGAGAGACCAUUGUUGUUACAACAAGGACCAGAACAAAUCAGAACUAUGAUGGUGUUAUAUAUUGCUGGAUACCAAAUGCAAGUAUUGCAGGAGUAUUGGCCAUCUACAACAUUGUACAUGCUGGUAUAAUGACUGAUGGAUAUAAUAAGACUUGUCAACAGUACAGAGGUCGAUUAGUUACUCUGCUGCAAAGUUCAGGUGAUCAAGCAACUGCAAUACACUUCAGAUUAAGUUGUCAAGCUAUUUUUGAUUUUAUGGACUACUUAGAAAAAGAUGCACCGAACAGUCGCCGUGGAGACUUCAUCAAUACAGGCAUUGCAUUACAACUGGCUCUCAUAACAUCAUGGACAUCUGUUAUUAUUUGGAUUGCUAUUUCAGUAUAUACAGGAAUAAGAGCAUAUAAGGAGAGAGAAGUGUUAACAUGCUGUGGGAAAUGAAUGAGAAAUAUUCAUACUUAUAAAAUUAUUUAUUAUAAUUUUUUUCCCAUUGACAUACAAUAAACGACUAGACUCAUAAUUACCUAUUAAAAGGUCAAAAAAUGUCCGAGCGACCUUGUAUACUCAUAUAAAUUUACUUAUACAGACAACAUUAAAAUAUUCAUUCAAAAUAAAACCUUUUGUUUGGUGUCAGUAAUGAAUAAUGUAUAUGUUCAUAGGGAGCUCAUUAAUUGUGGUGUUUGUGUGUAGACAUUUCGUUGGGGCAUAUAUUUGCAAUUGAAAUUUAAUUAUUUAGUAAAAUAAUUAAAAACGCCAGGUUAGUGACAUAAUUUUGUUAUUUAAAGGGGAACUUAACUAAAAUAUGACACUCGAUCCUUUUUAAGUUUGGAUUUUUUUGUCAUUGCGCGCGUU